AUGGCCGAGUCAAUAAGUGAAGUAUCCAGUAGUCAAGAAAUUCUAGACAUGGGUGAUGAAGGAAAGAAAAAAUCCAAAUUUCGAGUCUUCAAGAAUUUUUUUGGUAAGAAGAAGAAAAAAAGUUCUGAUGACACUCAAGGAGGGAAAGCGCUAAAGCCAAGCUUAUCCAGUAGCAACAUUAUGACUUCACUGAAGCCAAUUCAGGAAAGUCAACAAAUUGAACUUAGGUCUAGGAGCAGCAUGGGGAACAAAGCCUUAUCCCACGAUAGCAUCUUCAUGUUGGAUCCGGAAUCUGAAAGACCAACGAAGCAAUGCUCCCCAGUGGAAGUCCAGAGAGGCAGACCUCUGGAGAAAUCUCUUGUUUCCAGAACUCUGCCUACAGAUGGGAUGGUUAAUAUCAUGGGGACAGAAGUUGUAUUCAGUCCAUUAGCCAUAAAGGAGAGAGAAGGAAACACUGAACUAGUCACCAAAUGUGUUGAUCCUUGGCUGGAGAGCAGGAUCUAUAGUCAGCAGAUUGUUGCUCUCUUGUGCUACAGAAGGAAAAGUAACAUCUGGGAAGUUUUCAGUCUUCAGGUCUCACCACAGCACCCACGUAACACCACUUUCAGCCCAGCUCGUAUCCAAUCUGGCACGACUAGGAAAUUGGAAGAAACCCUCAUCGAUAAUGACGUGUCUAAGAACCUACAAAAGAAGCAGUUUUCAAACAAGAUUUCACUAAAGAAGAGCCUUGCUGAACUAUCACCUGAGUCUGCGCACUUACAGUCUGCCAUGUGUUCCUGUCCGAGCAACGCCUACCAGCAGGCGGAUUUCAGCAUCCCAGCCACCAACGAAAGUUGUUUGGAUUCUUCUGCUGCUAGACACAAAAUGGCUUUAAAUCCUCGAAAACAAAAGAAGAAGAUUAUUUUAAUUCAAAAACCCAAGCAGGAAGAGCCCAUCCCUUCAUUGGUUUCUGAAGAAGAAAAAAACCCAACCAGAACAAGAGAAGCUGUCCAAAAGAAGGUGAAGAAAAGCAAUGCAGGUCUCUCCACCAGGGACCAAAACAAAACUGAUAUGUGUGAUCAGAAGACAACAGACCAGGCUCCAAAUAUUGUUGUUGCUGGGAACCAAGUCCACUCAAUGUCAAUAGCAGUUGGGAAAAAAUGCCGAAGGAAACUAACACUGGAAUAUGGAUUCCGAAGAGACAGACUGCCCAAUCCACUGCAUGAUCUAGGCAAUAUAACUGAGUUCUCACCUUCCAAUAAGAAUGACAAGGAGGGCCUGUUAUGGCUCCAGCCUUUGGAGAAGCAAGGCAUGGAGGUGCGUUCCAAUAAAGGGGAUUUAGAAAAGGGAAAUGCUAAAGCAAGUUUUGAAGCCAAAAGAGCAUCUGAACCCCAACUUACAUCAGGAGACCCUGAGUUCACGAGCGGUGAUGUAUCACGACACCAUAAAGAUGAAGCUGCUGGAGCCAAGAAGAAAGAAGUCAACAGUUCCCUUUUGCCAUUGGCAGAAAGGCUCCCUACAACCCAAGAAGAGAACAUGCUAUCAAGAGCAGCAGAUGCUCAGCUGCUCAUGAGCCCUUCAGAUCAAUCAGAAGAGCAAAAUGCUUCGAGCUCAAAUGCUCAAUGCAAAAUGGAGCAGGCCCAGAGUGUCCCAACUAUCUGCAAAGAAAAGUCUUGUGGAAAUGUUGUCCAGGUGUUCACAGGGAAUGUUCCCAGUAUGACAAGCCCUAGCCCCGAAGGAGACAUUUCUACAGACAGGCUGCCUCCUAGAAGCCUUCCUCAGCCUUUGGAGGCCACGAGAGUUGAAAAAGACUCAACAACUCUGAAGAGUAAUUCAGAGGAGAACAGUUCUGAGGAAAAGCAGACUCCUGACCACCAUAUCCAAUCCUCGUGGAAACAUAAAGGAGACCCGAAGGUCUUCUCCAAAUCAGAAAAUGCCAGUAAAGAAUUGAGCAAUCUCGAGAAGAAAGGAACUCCUGGCUAUUCUUCCCAGUUCAUGAGAAAGCCUCAAGAUGAAGCCAUCUUCCUGGAUUCAAAUAGUUAUGUGGAAAAAUAUAACAGUGCUGAUGAUAUGAGCAGCUCUGAGGAAGACCUGUCUCUCCAACAAGCUGAUAGGACCUUGAAGAAGCCCAAAGAAGCAGAUGCAUCCUCAGUUUCGAUGAAAAUUCCUACAGAAGAGUGCAAUGUGUCAGUCAAGCAGAUUCCUCCCAGCCACCCAGCCCAGCCCAUUACACAGAAUCCUAUUCAGCAGACAGAGCCUGUGGAGAAAAUCCCUCCCAGCCAUUCUUUCCAGUCAGAUCUAGAGAAGGUUGCAGUCGAAUGGAGCAUUAUUAUGGAGAAGCCAAUGGCUCAUAAAGCGCCUCCCAAGCGUCCAAGGAAAAAACUUGAGCAAAGAAUCUCAACUCCAGAAAUUACAAGUCAGAGAGAAGUGGUCCCUGUUCCCAUUUCACCUCCCGUAGCCAAACCCAUAGCCACGCAAGAAGUCUCUGUGCAUGUGCAGAGCACUAUCAUUGAGGGGAAUGUUUCCAUGGAGUCUCCCAAAGGGCCUCCCCAACCCUUGGCAAAACCACUAGUCAAGAAAGAAAUCCUUUUGGGUGCAGAGGGCGGUAGAAUUGAGAGGAGAGUUUCUAUGGAGUCACUGCUUCCUAAAUCUUCCUCGAUGCAUCCAUUCAACCAGCAACAAAUGACUGUAACUUCCAGAAGCGUAUCUGCAGAAGGCUGCAUUGCGUUGGAUCCGAGGCCUCCUGGGAAUUCUUUCCAAUCGUGGCUGAACUCUCCAAUGGAACGACAAGUCUCUUUGUUUCCAGAAAGCAAGGCUGUUGAAAGGGGCAUUUCUACCGAGUCACUGCCUGCUAAAAUUCUUCCCAAGCCCCCCCAAAAGUCUAAAUUUCAUACAAGUAUGAUGAUGAGUUCAGAGACUGUUGCAGCUGAGAAGGCCAUCUCUGGGGACCAUUCCAAGUCCUCUUCCCAGAUCUUGCCAAGUCCUGCAGGCCAGCAAAUCUCCUCUGCACACAGCAACACUGCAGAAGAGCCCAUUUUGACAAAGCCACUGCCAGCCAGAUUCCCGCCUGAGUCUUCUGGGAGGCCUCACGUCCAAUCACAGAUGAUCCAAGACACCGGGAGUACUUCUGCCCAGUGGACCAAUCAUAUGGAGCUAAAGCCGGCUAAUCAUACUCUCCAAGCCCGGAUAAACCGUAAAUUCAAGCAACACAUCUCUCUCUGUCCAGAGAAUGCUGAGGAGGAGGGGAGCAUUAUGAUGGAGACCACGGCCUCUAGACACCAUUCCCGACCACAGUUGUUUUCUCCAAUUCAGCAAGUGUCCGAAGGUCUAGAGAAUACUGCUACUGAGCUGGAAAAUUCAAUGGGCUCCCCAUCACCUCAAAUGCCUGCUCAUUCUGUGAUGAGAUUAGCCAUCAAUCCACCUGUCUCCUUGGGACCAGUGAGCAAUUCUGCCCAAUGCAGCAGUUUGGUGGAAUCCAAGCCACUGAAACCUCCUUUACAGCCUGGGAUGAAUGAAGCAUUCAAGCAACAGCUCUCUGCGUGUCUGGAGAACACUGCCACCCAGAGAAGCAUUUCUACAGAGUUGAGGCCUCGCCGGCAUCAUUCUCAGCCCCCAGUGAGACCCAAGAUUAAGCCAGACAUGUCCUCAAGUUUGAUGUCUGCAGAAUGGAGCGGCCCUGUGAGACCCAUGUCUCCCAGAUAUGUUUACCAGUCAUGCAUGAGUCCUAAAUCGGAGCAUCAAGUCGCCCCUGAUGCGAAGGCUCUUGUCAGGAUGCACAGCCUUUCUAAGGAGCUAGGGUUUCCCAGACAGCAUUCUCCAUCUGUUGGGACACAGGAUGCUCCCAAAGUCACGUCUGCUUUGGAGAAUCUCGAGGAAUUCCUCAAUGGCAAGCCAGCCCCUCUCAAACAUUCCCCUCCAUUCUCUAGGAGGUCUAAAGUGAAGGAAAUAUCCUCCCGUCUGGAGAAUAAGGUGGUGGAAGAAGACAUCACUACAAAAGCACAGGCUCACCGGGAUCCUUCGCAGUCAUUUGUGAAGUUUAUGGCACAGCAGAUCUUUUCAGACAGCCCUCCUGUGGAGGAGAAGGUGUACGUGGAUCCUGUGGCUUCAAAGCAUCAUUCCAAAUCUUUACUGAAGCUGAAAGUUGAGCAGCAGGUCUUCUCAGAUUGGGGAAAUGUUGUCCCCGAGGGAAGCAUUUCUUUCAAGAAGCCACAUAUGAAGCAUCAGCAACAGUCCUGGGCGAAGCCUGAAGAGCCACACGUUUUCUCACAUUCGGCCAGUUUUCCUGCGAUGAAGAACAUGUCUAAAAAGCAGCUUCCCACCAGAAAGAUUUCCAAGGUCACAGGGAAACCUGAGUACAGGCCAGAUAUCUCCAUGUCUGUCAACUUUCCUGAAGAAUGGAGGAGUGUUGAUGAGCAGCUGCUGUCUCCUUACCCUUUCCAAGCCUGGAAAGUCUCUGAAAUCUGGCCACUAAUGGCAUCAACCAGUUCUGGGAGUGUUUCUGGAGAGGAGAGCAAUAGGGAGGAGCUUUUACCUUCCAGCAAUAUUUUCAAGGCUUUUGGAAACACUGAAUAUUGGCAACAGGUUUCCACAGGUUUCAGGAGAGCAACUUUUGAGAAUUCAGGCAACUGGUUCCUGCAAAAAAACGAACCUUUAAUCAAGAAAACGAAGAAACACAGCGCAGGCCCUGAAGACUUCCUUAAGAGCAUCUUGAUUCCCACUAACAAACCUGGGAAGUUCAUUGUUGGUCCUGCCCAGACAAUGCUCAAUACUUUUGAUGUUUACUCCAAGGAGGACGCUCUUCAAGGUGGCAAUGAAAAUCAUGACAACCACUCAUGCUUCCCCACCAAUGAAAUGGAUGAUGUUGAAAACAUCUUUGGAAUUCGACUGAGAAAAACCCAUUCUUCAUCAAAACAUAAGAGUGAGAAACAAGAUCCUGUCAGCCAGCUUCCUUCACAGGCCCUGGGCCCGACUUCAUCUUCUGCAGACAAAGAACCAAAAAUAAGAAGGAAUGUCUCUCCAAAGUGUCUCGACAACUCAGAUUACCUCGAACCAACAUUUAACUCUGCAGAGACACAACAGAGCAAUCCCAAGUCUGAAGGCCUGGUUAAGAAGCAACCAGCGUGCAAGAUCGCAGGAAAGCCUCCUGGUCAGCAGUCAGAUCAGGCCACUCUAGAGCCAGAUUGGAUUACCAUGGCAAAGCAGAAACAGAGGAAUUUUCCAUCCUGCAUUCCCAUGAAAGAGCUAAACAUCAAUAACACAGCUGAAAACAAGGCUGAGACCAAUGAGCCUAAAUCUGAGAGUUUUACUAGGUCUCAGACAAAAAAAGAAAAGAAAAAAGAAUUGACCAAUCUUAUAGGGGUUGGAGUUGCAUUUGAAGAUGAGUACACUUCCACAAAGAAAGAAGCCAAACGAUCUUCAAGCCUUCCAGCCAGGCUCCACUGGCCAGAUGAACCUGUGGAGCCGAAUGAUGGAAACGAGCCUGUGUGGUUUUCCUUGGCCAAGAAGAAAGCCAGAGCAUGGAGCCACAUGGCAGAAAUCAUAACUAAAUAA